CGCGGCCCGGCCGCAGCCCCAGGCCGCCGAGGAGCGGGGGGCCGGCGCCAUGGCCGAGCGGGGCCGCCUGGGCCUCGCCGGGGCGCCCGCCGUGCUCAACACGCCGGUGCCCAUGAACCUGUUCGCCACCUGGGAGGUGGACGGCUCCAGCCCCAGCUGCGUGCCCAGGCACAGAGACAGCAGAGCGCAGUGUCACUUUGAUGGCAGUAAACGGCUGUACCAUGUGGCCUGGCUGUAUCUGGUGUCUGUCCUGCUGCUUGGGGUUUCAAUGCGUACCUUGGGGACCGAACAACAACUCAGAUUGUGCAGCCUGACCUUGAAGAAGCUGGUGGUCUUCAAGGAGCUGGAGAAAGAACCCAUCUCAGUGGUGAUUGCCGUGAAGAUGCAGGGCUCCAAGCGCGUCCUGCGGUCCCAUGAGAUCGUGCUGCCCCCCAGUGGACAAGUGGAGACCGACCUGGCCCUGACCUUCUCACUGCAGUACCCUCACUUCCUGAAGAGGGACGGUAACAGGCUGCAGGUCAUGCUGCAGCGGAGGAAGCGGUACAAGAACCGGACCAUCCUGGGCUACAAGACGCUGGCGGCGGGCGCCAUCAACAUGGCCGAGGUGAUGCAACGCCCCCCCGAGGGCGGCCAGGUACUGAGCCUCUGCAGCAGCGUCAAGGACGCCUCUGCCAAGGUAGCCGAGAUCUGCAUCUUCUCCCUGUCCAGCCAGCCCAUCGACCACGAGGACAGUGCCAUGCAGGCUGGGCCCAAGGCCAAGUCCACGGAUAACUAUUCUGAGGAGGAGUACGAGAGCUUGUCCUCUGAGCAGGAGGCCAGCGACGACGCCGCGCCAGGGCAGGACCUGGACGAGGAUGACUUCGAGGAGGGCAAGCCCAAGAAGCAGCGGCGAUCGAUACAGCAGAACUUCAAGCAGAAAGUCGUGGCGCUGCUACGCAGGUUUAAAGUGUCGGAGGAGGUCCUGGACUCGGAGCAGGACCCUGCAGAGCAUGUCCCCGAGGUGGAGGAGGACCUGGACCUGCUGUACGACACACUGGACAUGGAGAACCCCAGCGACAGCGGCCCGGACAUGGAGGACGAUGACAGUGUCCUGAGCACCCCCAAGCCCAAGCUCAGGCCAUACUUCGAGGGCCUGUCACACUCCAGCUCGCAGACAGAGAUUGGGAGCGUCCACAGCACCCGGAGCCAGAAGGAGCCUCCGAGUCCGGCCGACGUACCUGAGAAGACACAGGCCCCGGGCGGCAAGCAGCCGAGUGACAGUGUCUCCGACUUGGUGACUCACGGCACACCCGCCCCAGGGGAGCUGCUGGCACAGCCUGAGGACAGCCCAGAGGCGGAGACCUCUGCCCUGGGUGUGUUCAGUGAGAAGCUGCCGCCCAGUGGGCGUAUCACCAAGACCGAGUCUCUCGUCAUCCCGUCCAGCAGGACCGAGGGCAAGCUGGCCGGCCGCCGGGGCCGGAGCACAUCCCUGAAGGAGCGGCAGGCGGUCCGGCCGCAGAAUGAGCGGGCUAACAGCCUGGACAGCGAGCGCUGCCCGGACGCGCGGAGCCAGCUGCAGAUCCCCAGGAAGACCGUGUACGACCAGCUGAACCACAUCCUCGUCUCAGACGACCAGCUGCCAGACAACAUCAUCCUCGUCAACACGGCCGACUGGCAGGGGCAGUUCCUAUCGGACGUCCUGCAGCGGCACACACUGCCCGUGGUGUGCACGUGCUCCGCGGCGGACGUGCAGGCGGCCUUUAGCACCAUCGUCUCGCGGAUACAGAGAUACUGUAACUGCAACUCGCAGCCCCCGACGCCCGUGAAGAUCGCGGUGGCGGGCGCACAGCACUACCUCAGCGCCGUGCUGCGGCUGUUCGUGGAGCAGCUGUCCCACAAGACCCCCGACUGGCUGGGCUACAUGCGCUUCCUCGUCAUCCCGCUGGGGUCCCACCCUGUGGCCAGGUACCUGGGCUCCGUGGAUUACCGCUACAACAACUUCUUCCAGGACCUGGCCUGGAGGGACCUGUUCAACAAGCUGGAGGCCCAGAGCUCUGUGCAGGACACGCCAGACAUCGUGUCCAGAAUCACGCAGUACAUCGCAGGGGCCAACUGCGCCCACCAGCUGCCCAUCGCAGAGGCCAUGCUGACCUACAAGCAGAAGAGCCCUGACGAGGAGUCCUCGCAGAAGUUCAUUCCCUUCGUGGGGGUGGUGAAAGUUGGAAUAGUGGAACCAUCCUCGGCCACGUCAGGUGACUCGGACGAUGCAGCACCCUCGGGCUCUAGUGUACUCUCGUCCACCCCGCCGUCCACGUCUCCCGCCGCCAAGGAGGCCUCGCCCACCCCGCCCUCCUCCCCAUCAGUGAGCGGGGGCCUGUCUUCCCCCAGCCAGGGUGUCGGCGCUGAGCUGAUGGGGCUGCAGGUGGAUUACUGGACGGCAGCCCAGCCCGCAGACAGGAAGAGAGACGCAGAGAAGAAGGACCUGCCCGCCGCCAAAAACACGCUCAAGUGCACCUUCCGGUCUCUCCAGGUCAGCAGGCUGCCCAGCAGUGGCGAGGCCUCGGCCACGCCCACCAUGUCCAUGACCGUGGUCACCAAGGAGAAGAACAAGAAGGUGAUGUUUCUGCCCAAGAAAACCAAGGACAAGGACGCGGAGUCCAAGAGCCAGUGCAUCCAGGGCAUCAGCCGCCUCAUCUGCACGGCCAAGCACCAGCAGAACAUGCUGCGGGUCCUCAUCGACGGCGUGGAGUGGAACGACGUCAAGUUCUUCCAGUUGGCAGCCCAGUGGUCUUCCCACGUCAAGCACUUCCCCAUCUGCACCUUCGGACACUCCAAGUCCACCUUCUAGCCCGCCCGCCGCCCUGCAGCCCUGCGACGGCCGAGCGCCGGGAGGGCCCCGCUGCUUUCCUGUUAACAUUUCAGUUUACUACAGAGACAGAUCCUUAAAACA